AUGGGAAAUGAGCGAGGGCCCCAGCUGAGACGUCAGAGGUAUCACUUCAACGUCAGCUCUCUGGAUCGAGACGGGCUCCUGGGGGCCGAGCUACGCAUCCUGAGGAAGCGCCUGUCUGACCCCCGCAGGGCCUCCAUGGGAUCCCAGGCCGCUGAGGGAGGGGGUGGAGGAGCAUCGUCCCCGUGCCUGAAGCUGUACACCUGCGCAUCAGGUAAACAGCCGGCCGUCCUGCUGCAGACCAAGACCUCGGACGACCUGCUCGGCGGAGGCGCGUUCAGCAGCAAGUGGGAAGUGUUCGACGGCUGGAAAGUCUUCAAGGGCUUCAAAACCCAGCAGAACCAGCACUCCCAGCAGCUGUGCUUUGACCUGGAGGCCCUGGAGCAUCGAGGCGGUCGCCCCUUGGACCUGCGCUCGCUCGGAUUUGCCCGACCCGGAAGGACCAACAAGGAAAAGGCCUUCUUCCUGGCGUUUGGCAAAAGCAAGAAGCGAGAUCUCUUCUACAACGAGAUCAAAGCGCGGUCGGGCCACGACAACAAAACCGUCUACGAGUACUUGGUUACGCAGCGGAGAAUGCGCCGAGCUCCCGCUUCAAGGGGGGCUAAGAAACCCGUGCAUACCCUCCCUCAGAGCCAGCUGGUGAAGCCGCAGACGAGGCCGCGAUGCCACCGGAGACGACUCCACGUGAACUUUAAAGAGAUGGGCUGGGACGACUGGAUCAUCGCGCCGCUGGAGUACGAGGCCUUUCACUGCGACGGCGUCUGCGACUUCCCCAUCCGCUCGCACCUGGAACCCACCAACCACGCCAUCAUUCAGACCCUCAUGAACUCCAUGGACCCCGAGUCCACGCCGCCGACCUGCUGCGUCCCGACACGACUCAGCCCGAUCAGCAUACUCUACAUCGACUCGGCUAAUAACGUCGUCUACAAACAGUACGAGGACAUGGUGGUGGAGACGUGUGGCUGCAGGUAGCAAAGACUGUGGAGGAUGAUAGAGAGGUCUGAUCGUACCUAACGUUGGACUGUAUACACUGAGAAAACACUUUCCUUAUCACCAAUUCUCUGCUAUGCAACAGACAUAACUCAGACUCAAGUGGACUAUCAGACUGCAUACCAAAGACAGCUCAGACUGUUCAAGACUAAACAGAGAGAGAGGAACUCAUGGAGGUGAUGCUCUUUAACACCCAUCCAGUAAAACUUGUGUACUUUUGUUGCAUCUGAGAGACGCCAAAAACAACCGCAGACACUUUUUGGAUUUGCUCUCAUAUUGGGCUCCAACUGCUUUUGUUGUUCAGAUGUAUAUCUAUGUUCUGAUUGGUGUACAAAGUCUGCGUGUAACGGAAAUGCUAAUGAAAUAUGAGUUAUACUUAGAAAUGCCCUUUCUUCCAGCACUUAUUUGCCAGUGUGCCUUUUUCCCAUUCACAUGAACAAUGAGGAGUAUUUUUAUGUGUCUUAUCCGAGACUUUUUCUACGAAGCAUGUAAAGAAUUUCUGAUGUAUAAAUACAGGCCAGUGAUGAAGUGCUAAUCUGACCUGCUCCAA